AUGGAUGUCUCCGGAUCAAAAAAAAUAAUGCAAUUGUUUUCUUGUUUCUCUUGGGCCCAAGAUCAAAGUAAACUCAAACAUAAAUCUCAUGAAGUGGAAAAAACCCUCUGUCGAGAAAAUAAGGCUUUGAGAGAUGAAAACAAGGCUCUGAGACAAGAUAACAGAUUCCUCUGGGGGGAAAACAAAGCCCUAGAAAAAGAAAAUAAGACCUUUCGAAUGGACAACCAGUUCAUCAGGGAAAGAAAUCACAUCCUAAGGCAGCAAAACCAGCUACUCCAGAAGGUGAAAAAGUUUAUUUUGGAGAACCCAAUGGUUUCUGGCGAAGAACUCAAUGCCUUGAACCCAGAAAGAAAGUCUUUCUGUCAACAGAAUCGAGCGAUGGAGGCUCAGAUCACAGCUCUCCGGCAGCAAGAGAAAGCCUUCCAGAAGGAAGCCAAGGCUCUCCAUGAAGAGAUCAAAUCCCUCCGUGAAGAGACCAAGGCUCUUAAGCACCAGGAGAUGGCGCUCAGAAUGGAAGAAAAAGCCCUGAAGAGGGACAGAGUCGCUGCGGAGCUAGAGGAGGCCCUGACAAAGGAGGGGGCUGCCCUAGAGAUGGAAGAACAGGCUUUGUGGAAGGAGGAGCAGGCUCUGCGGGAGGAGAACAAGGCGCUGAGAGAAGAGCAUGGGGCUCUGCAAGAUGAAGAAGUCGCCCUGCAGGAAGAGGCGAAAAUCCUGCAGGAGUGGAAUCAUCUUCUUCACAGGAAAAUCAACAACCUUUCAGGAAAAGGGCAUCAUAAUGAGCCAGACAGGAAGUGUGACCUAAGAAUGUAA